AUGUUGGUGUUUUUAGCAGCUCUUCUUCCGGUUGUACUGAUGAAUGAAUGCAGUCAGGAUGAAAAAGACUGUUCUGACCUUUAUAGCUCAGAACAAACAGUCAAUGGGACUUAUGCCAUCUAUCCAGCAGGAGACAUUCCUGUCUCAGUUUACUGUGAGAUGAUCUCAGAUGGGAACAAUGAAGACAACGGAGCAUGGACGGUGAUUCAGAGGAGAAUGGACGGCAGUGUGAAUUUCUAUCGGCCGUGGAAUCAGUACAAGAGAGGAUUUGGGAAUGUGGAGGGAGAAUACUGGCUGGGGCUGGAGAACAUGUACCAGCUGACACGUAAGAACAAGUACAUGCUGAGAGUGGAUCUGGAGGACUUUGAAGGAAGGAAAGGUUUCGCUCUGUACUCAUCCUUCUCUGUGGGUCCUGAAGCUGAUGGCUAUAAACUACAAGUUUCAGGAUUCACUGAUAGAGGAGCAGGCGACUCUUUAUCUGAGCAUGAUGGACAGAAGUUCACAACCUUAGACAAAGACCAAGACGACAAUCAAAAUAACUGUGCCAAACUUCAUCUUGGGGCAUUUUGGUACAAAAACUGUAUGGCUGUGAAAACAAACCCCAACGGUGUGUAUAUAUGGGGAGAAGAAGACACCAGUAUCGGUAUAGGGAAUGUUUGGCCAACGUGGACGAAUCGCAAUGUUGGUAUGAAAUCCAUCAGAAUGAAGAUCAAACCUGUGUCAUAGAAACAUUGCAGUGUUUAGAAACUGCUUCUUCCUUUUGAUUUAAUUACUUUUCACAUAAUGUGUUACACUGAUACAUAUAAUUAUCAUUUGGCUGUGAAACAUUUUCUACUUGAAAAGAAUGCUCAAGACUCUAGUUGGGACACCAUUCCAGCCAUUCAGUGUAACUGAGGUUUGAAUGUCCUUUGACUGAAGAACUUCUAGCACUGAACUGUGCAAGAGACAUGUUUAGCUCUACUACAUUUGUGUUCCUUCAUAAUUGUCAAUUCAUAUAUUUCAUGCUACAGUUAAUCAUGAUCCACUCUUUUCAUGUGCAUUUUAUUCCCAAAGUAUUCAGAAAACAUUAAUAAAACUUACAC